GGAUGUGACCACGGGCACUGUGGGAUGGGUCCCCCGGCAGGAACACACUCACGUGUCCAUCCCCGUGGCUGGAGCCACCUUAAGGUGUCCGUGUGGGGGAGGGACCGACGGCCAGGGGGGAGGGCAGGGUCCUGGUCGUUCAGUUCCCGUGUUCCUGUUCUUGUCCGGUCCUGCCAUGGCCCUGCGGCGAGUGCUGGCACUGGGGACAGCCCUGGGGCACCGCAGCUGCUGCUCCAAGCCCUCGCUGCCCCCCGGCUUUGUGGAGGCCCUGAGCGCCGUGGUCGGGGCCCCCAACGUCUCCACGGCCACGGCGGUGCGGGAGCAGCACGGGCACGAUGAGUCCAUGCACCCCUGUGCCCCCCCGGACGCCGUGGUGUGGCCCCAGUCGGUGGGGCAGGUCCAGGAGUUGGCCGCGCUCUGCUACCGCCGCCGUGUGCCCAUGGUGCCCUUUGGCACCGGCACCGGCCUCGAGGGCGGUGUCAAUGCCGUGCAGGGCGGCGUCUGCUUCGACCUGAGCCGCAUGGACAGCAUCGCGGAGCUGAGCCUCGAGGACUUCUCGGUGACAGUGGAGCCCGGUGUCACCCGCAAGGCCCUCAACAGCCACCUGCGUGGCACUGGGCUCUGGUUCCCUGUCGGUACCGUGGGCAGGGGUGGGCCAUGGGUCACACUACUGAGGGUGCUGGCAGAGGGGAUGCCUUUGGGCUGGGGAUGCUGGGGGGUCCACGGGUCUGCCAUGGUCCCUGAGUUGUAGCAGGGAUGCCCCUAGGACCGAGAGUGCCGUGGACCCAGUACUCUGGGGUCCACAUGAGGCUGGGGUACUGUUGUCCCAAAGGUGCUGGAAGGGAUGGGUUCCCAGGACCACCAAGGCUGGGGGUGAGGGCUACCACCCUCUCUACCACACCAAACCCACAGCCGCCAUGGUGGGCCAUGAAUGUGCUGUGAGAGAUGCCCUCCCCACCUCAAGCCAGAGCCAGAGUGGCCCCACUGCCCUGCACUGCCACCCCUCAUUUCCCCCAACCCCCCACAUGCCCCAUUAAACCUCUGUGCACCAGCAGUCUCCAUUGGCUACGAGAUCUUUUAGGGGGACAGGAUCCCCCCA